UGGAACAACGGGUCAAAACAUUGUAUGUUUAUUAAAGAGUCGCCAUUUGUAUCAUUGGGAUAUGUAGUAAAAAAAAAAAAAAAAAAAAAAAAAAACGUCAGGGAAAUUCUGUCUGCAACAACGAGAGAGCCAGUUUUCUAUUUUUUGUUUUUACCAAACGUUAUAACUAUGACAGCGCUUCCUAUGUAGCGAUAGUCAGUUUCGAUCGACCAAUAGGAGCUGAGGUAUAGAUAUAUUAAGUUUUUUGAGCAGAGAAUAGCAAUAAGCCAAAGGUAAGCGCAAAGCAAAUUCAAAAAAUCUUUUUUAUUCGUGGUUCACCCUUUUUUUUUUUUGUUUUAUUUUAGUAUUUUUCAAACACAAAAUCUCCAACUGUAUUUAUACAAAAGACAAAUGAGUUCAAGUUCCAAAAAUAACGGUUAUGUGUUUGAACAACAAAACGAUGUAAGACUCAACGACCUCAGUUCCAAGAUUUCGGCCAUCAAAAAUAUUACCAUUGACAUUCAUCAAGAUGUCACAGAUCAAGAUAGGCUGUUGGAUGAGUCGCAUAAUCAAUUUGGUGGAUUAGGAAGUAGUCUUAGUAAUUCCUUUGGUCGAAUGAACCGUAUGGUCUCGAAACGUCAUCAAAGACAACUAUGCUUUUAUGUGUCGAUCAUUGUAUUCUUGUUUUUUCUUAUCUAUUACGGUGCACCGCUUGCAAAAGGCGUUCUUGGUUCGAAUCCAAAGCUCCCUGACGACGAUUCUUUAUAAUUCCAUCUUUCAAAUAAAAAUCAACAUUAUGCGGGGAUGAGGAUAUUUUAUUGUUCAAUACGCUGAUUUAGAGAAUAAAGAUAUAAAUAAUGGUGAUAGAUCAAACAACUCGGAGUAAGAUGUACAAUGUCAGUAAAGAGUAUGGCAGGAAUGCAGGAUUUAUUUCACUAGGUGCAGGUACAAAAAUGUACACACGGUAAGGCAACAGCCCAAAAAAGCUUCCAACGAAUUUAAACCCAGUAGGCGGGUAACUCCUUGAGUUAUAAAUAGUUACUUUUUUUC